AUGCCAGGCGAGACGAACAGCCUCGCCCCGACGCCGGGCGGUGGCGGCGGGGGCGCACGCCGCGGCAAGGGCAAGCAGGAGCUGUGCGGCCCCUGCUGCCACUGCGGCGCGACGAGCAGCCCGCAGUGGCGCAAGGGGCCCAAGGGCAAGCCCAUCCUGUGCAACGCCUGCGGCAUCCGCUUCCUGCGCACGCGGUCGCUGGGCAAGGUGACGCCUAAGAAGCGGCGCAGCCCGGUGGGCGCGGGCGGCGGCGGCAGCGGCGGCGCGGCGGCGAAGCGGCUCAAGCUAGAGGAUGACGACUCUGAUGCGGACGAGGGGCGCACGAGCUCAGGCGUGGAGGACGCCCUCGAGGACGCCCCCCCGCCAGACGCGGAAACCGAAGAGCCAACAGAUGAGAUCCAGGAGGAUCUCGUGGCCCUGCACACCUCCCUCCAGGCCGCGCACGCCGCGGUCAAGCUUGAGGCCGCCUCGGGCGCGCUGCCGCUCGGCGCGCACCACCUUGCGUUUGCCGCAUCCGCGGUCCGCCCGGCGGCGUCCGCAGCGGGGCGGGGCGGUGAGGAGGGCGCGGGCGCAGGCGCGGGCGGCCAGGCGGCGGCGUUCGUGGCGGCGAUCAAGCAGCAGCAGGCGGCGGCUCUGCAGCAGCGGCAGCAGCAGCAGCAGCGGCAGCAGCAGAUUGCACUGCUGCAGCAGCUGCAGCAGCACGCGGCGACAGCGCAGCAGCAGCAGCAGCGCACCGUGGCGUCCGCGGGCGCUACACAGCAGCAGCAGCAGCAGCAGCAGCAGCAGCAGCAGCAGCAGCUGCUGCUCGCGCCGCCCCCGCUGUCGCUGCUCGCGUCGGCGCCGCCCUCGCUGCUGCAGGCCCUCGGCCUCUCCGCCCCUGCGGCGGCGCCCCAGUCGCUGUCGCAGCUGCUGCCAAAGCACGAGGGCCAGGGCAGCGCCCCCAGCAGCCCCCUCGUCGCGCCGCCUGGCGCGCCCGGCGCGCUCCCCGCGCCGCCCGGCCUGGCGCUCUGCCUUGAGCGCGCGCACAGCGCGAGCACUAACGGCGCCGCUGGUGCGUCGCCGGGGUCGGCGCUGGCCAGCACGGCGACCGCCGUCGGCCUUUCCGCUUUCAGCGGCGCCGCCGGCGGCCUGGACUCGUCGCUGCGGCUACUGCUUGCCGGCAUGCUGCCCGGCGGCGCGCUCGCGGCCGCUGGCGUGGAGGACGCGUCUGGCGUGGUCGUGCAGCGCAGCCGCAGCAAGGGGCCGGUCGCGAGCGGCGGGAAGGCGUCAUAA